CCUUCUGCUGCGCUUUUCCAGCAACACAUUUUUAAGCUCUGAUCCCCAGCAUCUGCAGUCCUCACUUUCUCCUCGUCAGCAGAGUGAUCAAGGACCCGAAUGUCAUUGCCUCCCAGCUGUGGGAGGAAACAGGAUUUUGAACAUUGAAGGAAAAAGCACCAUUUCCACCAGGGAGAAACACGUAUCAUCUGUGCGCGGAAAGGUCUUGGAAGGUUAAUCUGAAAUGUCCGUACGUCAGCGCAGUCACACUGGGGAGAGACUGUGUAAAUGUGAGGAUUGUGGGAAGGGAUUUAUUUACCCAUCCCAGCUGAAAAUUCACCAACGCAGUCACACUGGGGAGAAGCCAUUCACCUGCUCUGAUUGUGGGAUGGGAUUUGCUCUGUCAUCCAACCUGCUCAAACACCGGCGGGUUCACACUGGAGAGAGGCCUUUCACCUGCUCUGUGUGUGGGAUGGGAUUCACUCAGACAACUCACCUGCUGAAACACCAGCUAGUUCACACUGGAGAGAGACCGUUCACUUGCUCCACGUGUGGAAAAGGAUUCACUUUGUCGUCCAGCCUACUAAUACAUCAGCGAAUUCACAAUGGGGAGAGGCCAUUCACUUGCUCCACGUGUGGUAAAGGAUUCACUUUGUCAUCGAGCUUGCUGAGACACCAGCGCGUUCACACUGGAGAGAAACCAUUCACUUGCUCUGUGUGUGGGAAAGGAUUCACUCAGUCAUCCUACCUGUUGGAACACCAGCGGGUUCACACGACAGAGAGACCUUUCACCUGUUCUGAAUGCGGGAAAGGAUUCACUCGCUCGUCUAAACUACUGGUACACCAGCGAGUUCACACCGGAGAGAAACCGUUCACCUGUUCGGAAUGUGGGAGGGGAUUUACUCACUCCUCAAACCUGCUGAGACACCAGCGAGUUCACACUGGGGAGAGGCCAUUCGCCUGUUCGGAGUGUGGGAAAGCAUUCACUCAGACAAUUCACCUCCUGAUACACCAGCGUAUUCACACUGGGGAGAAACCGUUUACCUGUUCUGUGUGUGGAAAAGGCUUUGCUGACUCGACCUCCCUGCUGAUACACCAGCGAGUUCACACUGGGGAGAGGCCAUUCGUUUGCUCCUUGUGCGGGAGGCGAUUCACUCGGUCAUCCAAACUGUUAACGCACCAGCAAAUCCACAAAAAAACCCACAGUUUGAUGAUUCAAGACUUGCAACAGAUGAAUAGCUUAGCCCAGUAUGAAUUCGCUGGUGUAUCUGGAGGAAAGGUCACCAUCCGCAAUUCGGUCAAACGAAUGGCGGCAACUUUACCCAUCACCCCUCGCGGCGGUGACAGUGGCCGGGGCACUUCGCCCAAGAAGGCGGUGCGCAGGCGCGGCGCCUGGAGCAGGCCGGGGAGCGACGGCCGGACGGGGCCCCCUCCGGGGAACAAGGCGGGGUGCUCUGUGGAGAUCAGUUUAAAUCAAUCGUUGAUCCUGGAAGGAAUCAAGGACACUGACACCAUGGAAAAACCAUGGAAGUGUGGAGAUUGUGGGAAGGGAUUCCGUUACCCUUCAGGAUUGGAAACUCAUCAACGCAGUCACACUGGGGAGAGGCCGUUCAGCUGCUCUGUGUGUGGGAAAGGAUUCACUCAGUCAUCCAGCCUCUAUACACACCAGCACGUUCACACUGGGGAGAAGCCAUUCACCUGCUCUGUGUGUGGGCAGGGGUUUAAUGCUUUAUCAACCCUCCGGACCCACGAGCAAGUUCACUCUGAUGAGAGACCAUUUAAAUGUUCUGACUGUGAGAAGAGUUUUAAAAGCAGAAAGGAUAUAUUGAUACAUCAACGCAGUCACACUGGGGAGAGACCGUUCAUCUGUAAAGUGUGUGGGAAAGGGUUCACUCAGUCAUCCCACCUCUUGACACACCAACUUGUUCACACUGAUGAGAGACCUUUUAAAUGUUCUGAUUGUUUGAAGAGCUUUAAAAGUAAAAAGGAUUUACUGAACCACCAACGUGCUUUGACUGGGGAGAGACCGUUCAUCUGCUCAGUUUGUGGGAAGGGAUUCACUAGUUCAUCCUACCUUCUGACACAUCAAUUUGUUCACACUGAUGAGAGACCUUUUGGAUGUCCUGACUGUGAGAAGAAAUUUAAAUGCAGAAAGCAUUUGCUCAAACACCAGUACACUCACACUGGAGAGAGGCCAUUCUCCUGCUCUAUCUGUGGGAAAGGAUUCACUCGAUUAUCCCACCUGCUGAGACACCAUCGAGUUCACACAGGGGAGAGGCCAUUCUCGUGUGCUGACUGCAAACAGGAGUUUGUUGAUUCAUCCGACCUUCUGAUCCACCAGCGAGUUCACAGCGGGGAGAGACCAUACACCUGCUCGCUGUGUGGCAAGCGAUUCACUCAGUCAUCCCAUCUCACGACACACCAACUUGUUCAUACUGAAGAGAGACCCUUUCAAUGUUCUGACUGCGAGAAGAGGUUCAAAAGUAAACAGAAUCUGCUGAAACAUAAACAAAUUCACACUGGAGAUGGACCGUUCAUCUGCUCCGUGUGUGGGAAAGGAUUCGCUCAAUCUCACAACCUCCUGAGACACCAGCAACUUCACUUGCGAGAGCAGCAAUUGGAUUCUGCUGUUAUUGCUGAUGUUAACUGCAUCCAGGAGUUUUGCUCACUGGGUCAUUCUGGAGCUUUUAUCAAAUACCUUUGCCUUUGUGGAAGAACAACCAGAGAUUUCCAGGAAGAGAUGAUGACCAAACAUCGACGCAGUCACACUGGGGAGAGACUGUGGAAAUGUGCGGAUUGCGGGAAGGGAUUUCUUUACCCAUCCCAGCUGAAAACUCACCAACGCAGUCACACUGGGGAGAAGCCAUUCACCUGCUCUGAUUGUGGGAUGGGAUUCACUCAGUCAUCCAGCCUGCAGGUGCACCAGCGAGUUCACACUGGGGAGAGGCCAUUCACCUGCUCAGUGUGUGGGAAAGCAUUCACUCAGUCAUCCAGCCUGCGUAUGCAUCAGCGAAUUCACACUGGGGAGAAACCAUUCACUUGCUCUGAUUGUGGGAAGGGGUUCAUUCUCUCAUCCCACCUGCAGAUACACCAGCGGGUUCAUACUGGAGAGAGACCGUUUACCUGCGCAGUGUGUGGGAAAGCAUUUGCUCGGUCAUCCAGCUUGCAGAUACACCAACGACUUCACACUGGGGAGAAACCAUUCAUUUGCUCUGACUGUGGUAAGGGAUUCACUUCGUCGUCCAGUCUACUGAAACACCAGCGAGUUCACACUGGGGAGAAGCCAUUCAUCUGCUCUGUGUGUGGAAAAGGGUUCAGUCGCUCAUCUAAUCUGGUGAUACACCAGCGAAUUCACACUGGGGAGAAACCAUUCCCCUGUUCUGAAUGUGGGAAAGCAUUCAAUUGCUCAUCUAAUCUGCUGAUACACCAAAGAAUUCACACUGGGGAUAGAAGAUUCUCCUGUUCUGAAUGUGGAAAAGCAUUCAAUUGCUCUUCUAAACUGCUGAUACACCAGCGAGUACAUACUGGAGAAAAACCAUUCAUCUGCUUGGAUUGUGGGAAAGCAUUUGCUCAGUCAACCAUUCUGCUCAUACACCAGCGAAUUCAUGGGAGGGAGAAGCCAUUCACCUGCUCCAAUUGUGGGAAGGGGUUUACUCAAUCAUCCAACCUGCUGAAACACCAGCGAGCUCACACUGGGGAUAAACAUUCACUCAGUCAACUCACCUGCUGAUACACCAGCCUAUGGAGAGACCAUUCACUUGUUCUGUAUGUGGGAAGUGAUUUUGAACUGUUAACACUCCAGUAAACUGACUCUAGGUGGAUCCCAAUCACGUGCUGUGUUUGUGUAAAAGGCUUUGCUGUUUUCUAACACAUUUGCAAGUUCAGAAAGAACUCGCACACUAAGGAAUGAACCUUUGUCAUUGGCCAUUUAUAUUGACUUUAUUAAAGUCUUUAAUAUAGUCAUAGAGAUGUACAGCAUAGAAACAGUCCAACUCAUCCAUGCUGACCAGCUAUCCCAACCCAGUCUAG